GUUGUGUGAACCUCUGCCACCCAUCUCUGAACCUCACUUUGCCGCAGGGAGGCACUGAACUGAGAAACUGCCUUGUAACAGGUUACACCCCUCUGCCUUCUCCCUUUCUUAUAUCAAGAGGGGAAAAACACGGAACUACCUCUACCCGAUCUGGUCACCAUACGCCUAUUACCUUUACUGUUACAAAUACCGGAUCACCCUCCGGAAGAAGAUGCUGCCUUGUUGUUAUAAAAGCAUCACUUAUAGGGAACGGGAGGACUUGACACUCCGGCCCCGUUCCUGCCUUCAGUGCUCCUGAGUCCCUAGCAGGCCUCCAGGUGGUCAGAAGCACCAAGCAGGGUGAUCACGACCAGCUUAAAGAAUUAUACUCGGCUGGGAACCUGACGGUGCUGGCUACUGACCCCCUGCUCCAUCAGGACCCAGUGCAGUUAGACUUCCAUUUCCGCCUCACCCCCCAGACCUCUGCCCAUUGGCACGGCCUUCUCUGUGACCAUCGACUCUUCCUGGAUAUCCCAUAUCGGGCCUUGGAUCAAGGCAACCGAGAAAGUUUGACUGCAACAUUGGAGUAUGUGGAGGAGAAGACCAAUGUGGACUCCGUGUUCGUAAACUUCCAAAACAACCGGAAUGACAGAGGUGCCCUGCUACGGGCCUUCAGCUACAUGGGCUUUGAGUUGGUCAGACCCGAUCACCCUGCCCUCCCUCCCUGGGACAAUGUCAUCUUUAUGGUGUAUCCCCUUGAAAGGGACCUUGGCCACCUCUCCAAUGAGCCUCCCUGAAUAUACUUAUUCCUGCUGAGGGGAUAAUGGGAACUUGAUAAAUGGGAACCAGGAUGUGAUGCAGGACACCUUCCAUCUUAGGAAUAAAGGGUAGUGCAAUCCUCAA